UGGUCUUGAUUUUUUUUACUACUCGUUAUUAUUAUUAUCGUUGUAGUAAUAUUGAGUACAGCGGUCUGGAAGAGUAAUCGAUGUCGUGUUUUGAGCAUACUCUCCUGUAAUUAAUGGGCUAGGGUUUGCUCAGCCUUCGGAGAGCUAACCAAGAUUCUAGUGGCUGUGGUGAUUAGGUUGGCUUUUUGUUGAGUUGUAUAAAGACCAUCGAGACCAUCUCAUGAGAAAACUCAAGAAGCUCCUCCAGCACUACCAUUUUCAAACUCCCAUACAGUCUCCCACCCUUAUCAUAAUUCACACACGAUAUCAAAAUGUUUGUCAGCAGCCGAAUCAUCGCGGGUGCGUUUGCACUCUUUGCUGCCACUGCUCUCGCAGCGGACUGCUCUGGCGAUAAAGGAGAACACCCAGAAGUUGGUAAGUUAUCAGCAUUUUUUCCGGUAUAUGUCUAAGCUAACCUAGAGGACUAGACUGGGCAAGGGAAAUCCAGGAAUCGUUGUGCGGUACCGGUUGUGCGCGCAACGAUCAAGAAGUUGGCAAUAGUGAAUGCAGUCUCGUCACUAUCAUCAAAAAUGGCACCGCGGUGCUAGGAUAUAGAUCUGAUCCCACUGGUCAAUACGGAAAUUGGUACCUACAAUCUCUGAGAUCUUACUUUGCUGAGCGUAUACCAUACUAACCCGAGGGGCAGCAAGGGGGCUCUAGACGACGCCAUAACUCAAUGCUUCCUUGAUAAAUCCGAGGCCUAUACAGGAACCAACAAGAAGACCCAAGGAAACUGGAAACUCGGAAAUGAAUCUUAUUGGAUUGCAAUUGAGACGGCGGACGACUACCUCUACGAUCCCUUAGAAGAGCUUUCGGUUAGCGUCAAUGUCGAUGAUGACCCAAACACUCCUGCAGGAAAGUGAGUGACUCAUCCCCCAACACUUGAAGUGUAAGUUCUUUGCUGAUUUGCCGCAGUAUUAUGCGGGGGCCCGAUAAAUUCUGUGCUGGGCUUAGUCACGGUGGGGGAGAGACCUGCACUGACAUUCCUGAUGGGUGCUUGAUUAUCGUUCCUGAGUCUAAUGUGAUUCCUCAAGUCAUAUGCCCGGACGAAGGAUUGUGAGCUUGAGAUAUUGGAAAACAUCAAUAGCUAGGGGGAGUGACCAGAAAUAUUCCAACCUUCGGGGGGAGCUGUGUAAUGUUGUACGAUAAGUGUUGCAUGGAACUUUUAUUUUAUUUUUUUAUCUAAAAUUCUGUAAACCCUAGCCUGGACAGACUUGGUAUUACCGAAAAAUGGGAAAUGGGAAAAAUAAAUAUGUUUAUAUCCGAUGAAUUUUACAUGGCGCGGGGCGAAACUGCGUGGUGUCACGCAUUUUCCUAGCCUUAUCAGGAGCUAUCCUAUAAGAGAUUGUUGUAGUCACAAUUAAAUCACCUACAGAUACUCCCCAUUAAAGAUUUUUGUGUUUGGUAACCCCUUUGCGGUCAUGGACCCUCACCAAGCCAAGGUCUUUCCCCCUGUUCCGUCCCCUUUUCACUUCACUCCUCUGACCGCUCCUCCCCAUCUCGAUACUCCCACCUUUUCCUUUCCUUCUAUCUUCCAUAGAUACUCCCAGGGCUCCAAUCCCCGGUAUGGCCCAGGCCGUGCCUCUUUCACGGAUUGAACAUACGACACUCCCUGGUGCUCGCUGUUAUAAUCGCCUGCUCGAGUAGAAGACUUUCCCCGAGAAUCAUGCUGCGUCCGAGGGCAUGGUCUGAGUUAUGUGUGGCACGCAUCCAAUAGCUGGUUUGUAUAGCGUGACACUUUUACAGCACUUGCACUUUGAAAUCCGGGUGUUGUUGCUC